GCCAGAUAUAUUGGUUUUACUGUUGGAAGGAAUGUGUAGUUUGUUUUUAUCCACAUUUUAAACCUAACCUUAAAUAAAUCAAACGUACAAUGUAUGUAUCAGUCUAAACCACUAAAAAUAAGAAUGAAUAAUAAACAAUUAACAACAGAAGAACAAGAAGCUAAUGCAUUUCUCAGAAAUAGAUUUAUUCAUUACCUGUCAUCGAUAUGUGGCAAUCAAAAGGAAUGCGUUAUAAAUAUGUAUACAAAUACACAAGUUACUGGAAAAGUAAAAGCCGUAGAUUUAAAUUUUGAGAAUAUCAUAGUUGAAAAUCUGAAAACACCUGUACCACCACCUUUAAAAAUGGGUGUUUUACGAACUUGUGAUAUUUUAACAAUCAGUUAUAAAUGAGUGAAAGUGAUUUAUAAUGAGAAAUAAUUACAUAGACCUACAACAGUAUGUAUACAUAUAUGAAUUUUAGUUAUAUUUUUUUGGAGAAACAAUUUUCGUGUAUUUACAACUGGCACUUUCAAAUCGAAUUUGUUUGGUUUCAUUAUUUUAGAAAAAUAAUACACUAGAUUUUUUCAAAUAACAUUUUACUAUUUAUACUUUCUCUUCAGAUAAUACUUUGAGCGAAAUAUAUAAUUAUCAGUUUUAUAUAGUUUUCAUUACUUGAAUCUAAUAUCUAGUUGUGUUUCAACAUUAUUCUAACUUCUAAUAAAAGAAACAUUUUUAAUUUUGACCAAAAAUGUGUUUCUGUGUAAGACGUUUCUUGUCAAAAAAAAAUAAUAGAAAAUUGAAUAAAAUUCUAGUUUUCCAUAACCAACUUAUAUUUUAAAUAAAAUCCAUCAAAUAUUUGUAUGAAGUUGCAAAGUAUAAUCUAUUGAUGUAUAAACAAUAUGUGGUUAUUAAAUUUUGCUUAUGAACAAAGAUGAUAAAAGAUUAAUUUUAAAAAUCCUGAUGCAACAUAGGUAUCUCAACUCAAAACUUUUUUAUUUAUAAUAUUGAGAUUCAGUUUAGGUUAGAUUUAGUUUGUACAAUAAAAUUUUGGAACCUG